AUGACAAAACGUUCGCGCUCUGAGCCGACUGGCGAGGAUCUCCUCGCCACACGGCGGAAGCUCCCAAUCUGGUCGGCGCGGCGCGCUCUGCUCCGUGAGGUGGCCGCCGCAGAGACGCUCAUCCUCACUGGCGAGACGGGCUCGGGCAAGAGCACGCAGGUUCCGCAGUUCCUGCACGCCGCCGGCUACACCGAGGCCGGCGCAGUGGGCAUAACGCAGCCGCGCCGCGUCGCCGCCGUCUCUCUCGCGCGCCGCGUCGCCGCCGAGCAGGCCUGUCCCGUCGGCUCGCUCGUCGGCUACGCCGUCCGCUUCGACGAGAGUUUUGACCGGAGGCCUCCGAAGCGCGGCGGCACAGCCAUCAAAUUUGUGACCGACGGGAUGCUCCUGCGCGAGGCCGCCUCCGACCCGCUGCUCUCCGCCUACUCUGCGCUCAUCGUUGACGAGGCGCACGAGCGCUCCCUCGCCUCUGACGUGGUCCUGGCGCUGCUCAAGUCGGCCCAGGCGCGGCGCCGAUCGGCCAACGGAGGCGGCGCAGGCCCGCUGAAACUGGUCGUCAUGUCGGCGACGCUCGAGGUCGACACCUUUUGCGCCUUCUUUGACGGCGCGCCCGCGGUGCUCCACGCCGCGGAGCCGUGCGAGGACUACCUCGAGGCGGUGGUGACGACGGUGCUGCAGAUCCACCAGCUCGAGCCGGCCGGAGACUAUUAA